CCACCCCUAAACCCUAACCCUCUCUUUCCAACAAACAAACACUGUGGGGAUCAUCAACACCAAACAACAAUCUCCAAUGGCAAACCCUAAGGUCUUCUUCGACAUGACCGUCGGCGGAGCUCCGGCCGGCCGCAUCGUCAUGGAGCUUUACGCGGACACCACUCCUCGCACCGCCGAGAACUUCCGCGCUCUCUGCACCGGCGAAAAAGGCCGUGGAACCUCCGGCAAGCCGCUCCACUUCAAAGGCUCCAGUUUCCACCGUGUGAUCCCUAACUUCAUGUGCCAGGGAGGCGACUUCACCCGAGGCAACGGCACCGGCGGCGAGUCGAUCUACGGUGCUAAGUUCGCCGAUGAGAACUUCGUGAAGAAGCACACCGGUCCAGGUAUUCUGUCCAUGGCUAACGCCGGUCCGAACACGAACGGAUCUCAGUUUUUUAUCUGUACUGCGAAGACUGAGUGGCUUGAUGGAAAGCAUGUGGUGUUUGGAAAGGUUGUGGAAGGUAUGGAUGUUGUGAAGGCGAUUGAGAAGGUUGGAUCUGGAUCCGGAACCUGCUCGAAGCCGGUUGUGAUUGCGGAUUGCGGUCAGCUCUAGAUCUGGAUUGAUCCGAGUGGUUGACUUUUGACUUGAUUUGGUGAAUUUCUGUUUGGUGUGUGUGAGUUUUACUGGUUGUGAUCGGUUAUUGGUGUUUUUAGGGUUUGUGUUUGUGUAACGGUGAUUUCAUUGACUUUGUUGUUGAUGGAUGAAGUGUUGGUUAAAUGCUUGGGAUAAAUAAGAUCAUCUUUUCAGUAUUGGAUAUUGA